AGUAAACAUGUCCACUGGGCUAAGGGUCGGCAGGGAGCACCUCACUAGGUAGUUAAACUGUGACAGGACCAUCGUGCAGGCCAAAACGGACAAGCCACAUAUAAGUAGCAGCUGAGGUGGGCACUUCAGUUCAGGAGACGACCCCAUCACUGAAGUGCAAGACCUGGAGCGGCAGCCAUGAGGGUGAUCAACAUUGGUCCAGAUCCAUCGUUGGCUUACCGGCCAAAUCUGGACACGACUAUCACCAAAGAGAAAGAAGAAUACCGGAAUUUUGAGAGUGGAAGCUUAAUCGAUCGUGUGUUCAACACGUACAAGCUGAUGCACACAAACCAGACGCUGGACUUUGUCAAGCAGAAGCAUCUUGAAUGGACCAGUUUCAGUCACUGUGAAAUGGGGAUGAUGGACGCCAUAAUGUCUCUUGACAAGCUGGUGGAUGAGUCGGAUCCAGACGUGGACUUCCCCAACUCCUUUCAUGCCUUCCAGACAGCUGAGGGCAUUCGAAGGGAGCACCCGGACAAAGAUUGGUUCCAGUUGGUCGGGCUGAUUCAUGACGUCGGGAAAAUCAUGGCUCUUUGGGAUGAACCACAGUGGGCUGUGGUGGGCGACACCUUCCCCGUGGGCUGCAAGUUCCAAAGCUCCAUUGUCUUCAGAGACAGCACCUUCCUGGAGAACCCAGAUGAGCAAAACCCCAGCUACAAUUCUGAAUAUGGGAUUUAUAAACAAAACUGUGGGCUUGACAAUGUGUUCAUGUCCUGGGGUCAUGAUGAGUAUCUCUACAGAGUAAUGAAGUUCAACAAGUGUUCAAUCCCAGAAGAGGGUUUGUACAUGAUCCGCUACCAUUCCUUCUACCCCUGGCAUUCACAUGGCGACUACAUGCACCUGUGUGUCGACAAAGACCGGCAGAUGUUGCCUUGGGUCAACGAGUUCAACAAAUUCGAUCUCUACACUAAAACCACGGAGCUACCUGAUGUCGAGAAACUGCGUCCCUACUACCAGUCUCUGAUCGACAAGUACUGCCCUGGGAUUCUCAAGUGGUGAAGUAGAAAAGCAGGAGUUGACCUCAUACUAGUGACAAGGAUGAUUCAGAAGACAUCAGUCACAUCAAGUUAAAUCUCCUUACAAAACAUUUCAAUCAGUUUAUUGUUUAUCAGUGUCGCAAUUUUUUACAUUUUGUGUUGAUGUAAAGAGCAAAAUAAAGUUGUACAA